AUGUCGGCCGCCCCCCCGCACCCGAGCCAGCCCCGCUGCCCCCGCCCGGCGCCCCCCGAAGCCCGGAGCUCGCCCCGAGGGACGCCGCGCUUGGCUCGCUGCCGGCACUCGCCGCUGCUGCGGCUCCGGCCCCGUCCAUCGCCUCCCAUGGUGUGCUCCAGCCCCGCGCUCAGCGCUCAGGAGCAAUCGAGCUCCAGCCAGGACGAGAGCCCUGGUGGCGAGCCAGACCUGCUGUGGCUCGCCAACCUCACGGGCGAGCACAUCGGGCUGGCCCCGAUCUCGCAGGACCCCGAGGAUCGCUGCAGCAUCUGGGAGAACCUGGUGAGCCUGGUGGAUUUUCAGUGCCCGGGCUUCCCGCUGACCGCCGAGGAGCUCGGCCACUACAUCGACAUUCCCCGCUCGCCCGCGGCCUCCGGCGCCAGCGCGGUGACCGCCACCCUGCCCCUGUCCCCUCCCCUGCCCGGGGACAUCGACUACAAGAACAACGCGCACCUCAAGCCGCCCUAUUCCUACGCCACGCUCAUCUGCAUGGCCAUGGAAGCCAGCAAGGAGCCCAAGCUCACCCUGGCUGCCAUCUGCAAGUGGAUCAGCGACAACUUCUGCUAUUUCCGCCGCGCUCAUCCCACCUGGCAGAGCUCCAUCCGGCACAACCUGUGCAUCAACAAGCGCUUCGUCAAGGUGCCCCGGGAGAAGGGGGAGCCGGGCAGAGGCGCCUUUUGGAAGCUUCACCCGCAGUACGCCGAGUGGCUGAGGAGCAGCAGCACCCCCAAAGGGCGCAGGACGCCCCCGGAGCACAUCCCGGCGGGGUCCGGCCGCCGAGCCCAGCCCGGAGCCCGGCGCGGCCCCGCCCGCAGCGGCCUCGAGGUGGGCGCGGAGCUGCAGCGGCUGCUGCGGGAGUUCGAGGAGUUCGAGAGCGGCCACGGCUGGAGCCGCCCCGCGGCCGCAGAGGCCCCUUGGGCGCCCGGCAGCGCCCGGGAGGAGCCGGCCGAGCUGGCGGAGCUGAAGGGCAGCGCUGACUGGGAAGCUCUGCUGGAUCCCGCCCCGGAGCAGGGAGAUUUCUCCUCCCUCGGGCACCUGCAGCUGCCGGCGCAGCCCCUGCACCCGGCCAGGGCACGGGGGCAGCCCCCGGGCUGGCCGCAGGAGCCGCUCCUGCCCGAGCCCAGCCCCAGCAAGCCGGGCUUGGAUGAGACCCUGAUGGCCACGGCGUUCCUGGAGGCGGCGUGGCCCGAGGAGAGCGGAGAGACCCCGCCCGGCUGCGGCCCCGCCGGCGCCCCGGGCCCCCUGCCCGCGGGGGGCGCCACGGGCUGGGACCCUCUGGCCCAAUUAAACCUCUAUUAG